AUGAGGCUUGUCUUCUCAGCUCUUUCUGUUCUUGUGUUAUUCUCUUGUGUAGUUGCUUAUGAUCCUUUGGAUCCAAACGGAAACGUGACAAUCAAAUGGGAUGUUAUGUCUUGGACACCAGAUGGCUAUGUGGCUGUGGUAACAGUUCACAAUUUCCAAAUGUUUCGGCACAUCAUGAAUCCUGGAUGGACCUUGGGAUGGACAUGGGCCAAGAGAGAAGUGAUUUGGUCCAUGGUAGGAGCUCAGGCCACAGAGCAAGGUGAUUGCUCUAAGUUCAAAGGCAACAUACCUCAUUGCUGCAAGAAAAUUCCUACAGUUGUAGACCUGCUCCCUGGUGUUCCUUACAACCAGCAAUUCUCAAACUGCUGUAAGGGUGGAGUGGUGGCUGCAUGGGGCCAAGAUCCUUCACAAGCUAUCUCAUCCUUCCAACUGAGUGUAGGCCAAGCUGGUACCACAAACAAGACAGUUAAACUCCCCAAGAAUUUCACUCUCUUGGCUCCUGGACCAGGCUAUUCUUGUGGCCCUGCCAAGAUAGUUCCUUCCACCACUUUCCUUACGCCUGACAAGCGCCGCAAGACUCAAGCUCUAAUGACAUGGAAUGUUACCUGCACAUACUCACAGUUCCUGGCAAGAAAGAACCCAAGUUGUUGUGUAUCUUUGUCAUCCUUCUAUAAUGAAACCAUUACCCCUUGUCCUUCUUGUGCCUGUGGCUGCCAUAACAAGAAGAAUUGUGUCAAGAGUGACUCCAAAAUUCUCAGCAUGGUGGGUGUUCACACUCCCAAGAAAGACAAUGAACCCUUGCUGCAGUGCACUCAUCACAUGUGUCCAAUCAGGGUUCACUGGCACGUGAAGGUUAACUAUAAGGAAUAUUGGAGAGUCAAGAUUGCCAUAACAAACUUCAAUUACAGGAUGAAUCACUCCCUCUGGUCUCUUGCUGUUCAGCAUCCAAAUCUUAACAAUCUCACCCAAGUUUUCAGUUUCAAUUACAAGCCUCUUCUUCCCUAUGGUUCAAUUAAUGACACUGGCAUGUUCUAUGGCAUGAAAUACUUCAAUGAUCUUCUAAUGGAAGCUGGACCAACUGGGAAUGUUCAAUCAGAGCUGCUUCUUCAAAAGGACAAGGAUACAUUCACAUUCAAGCAGGGUUGGGCUUUUCCUCGCAAGGUCUACUUUAAUGGUGAUGAAUGCAUGAUGCCCCCACCUGACACCUACCCGUUUCUACCUAACUCUGCACCUGCAAGCCUCAUUACCUUCCCAGCAUUCACUUUCUUAUUGCUUUUCUUGUUAGCAGUUUGGUGA